UCAUGAUCUGCAUCACACCUUGAAAAGGAAACUUUAAUAAGGCUUCUUUAUAGAAUUAUAUAAACAAGGAUGAUAAAAAUACCAUUACCCAUAUUUGAUUGUCAAUUCAGGCCGGUUUAGUAACUUCUUUGAUCGUCAAUAGAAAAAACGGUGCCUAGCACUUUUUGGAGGUAGGUAGAUUAUCAUUCAUCUUUAAUCUUGGUUCUUCGAUAACAGCCGCCAUUUCAUCAAGAGUGUGGCCGUUCUGAUUCGGAAAAACAAAAUUAGUUACUUAUAACACGUAAAAUCACAGAAGAUAUGAUUAUAUACAAUUUAUGAGCUAAUUAACAUGAAGAUUUAGGUUUUAUGUUAUUGCCACAACCGGUGAAAACUAAUAAGAUUCUACUUUAACGAAAAAAUAUACAAUGAGCUUCUACCAUCAAUCAUAUCAAGAAAUGUGUGAAUAUGAUACACUGCCUGCUCAUAGCUAGCGCUUCAUGAAGAAACCUUAGUUCGAAACGAACGAGAGUUCGCCCUAGACCUUUUCUCUCUGGCACACCGCCCGAGGCGCCGUUUCAAGGUCACCCUCCGAUCUCCAUGGAUUCACACUGCAAGGUUUUCUCUGUCAUCGUCUCCGUCCAAACCUCCAUUUAAGAAGCUAUGCUUCUCCUCGUCAGGACUCCACCUAGGUUAACCCGAAGCAUUUCAAGGAGAGGUGAAGAACUCUUGAAAUCUCAAAGGUCAAGCUUUUCACCUGUCUCUGCGUUUUCCACGCCUAGUUUGUUGCCUCCGGUGAGAACUCGCCUUUCCAAUGUCUCAGGCCCUGCUUUCCUUUCAGUGACGAAGAGCCCUCCUUCACUACCCUCUAAGCCGGAACCUCCAGAUCUGGUUCCGAGGGAGCAGCUAGAACACUUGUUUGAAGCUCUCUCUCCGCCAGAUCAGCCGCUUGAAGCUCUCUCUCCACCAGAUCUGCCGCUUGAAGCUCGCUCUCCGCCAGAACCACCAGACCCUCCUGACGUACCCGUCGUUGGUAAUAUGAUUCUUUGCUGGUGCGUUGACUGGAGUUCUAAAUGUUCCUUUCCCAGCAUGAUUGUCAUUUUGGUUGUUGCUGCAACACUGGUCUCUCUUUCUCGUCCAUUAAUCCAGGGAGUCUAAUGUUGAAGAUUAGAAAUACUUCUAACACUGAAGUUCUAGUCAAAGGCUUUGUAGCUAUGUUGAAGAUUGUUGAUUGUGCACUUGUUGUUGCUUCAAUCCUGGGAGUUAUAUCACUGAUUGUGGUCUCUAAUUUCCAAGGCUUCGUCUCACUUUGCAGCUCGAUGGUCGUUGAGAUCAGAGGACUUCUCGACGUCAUUAGUUGUUUAAACGUUUUGUAUGCUCCUAUCUUUCUAUGUUGUAUUUGUUUUCUUGUAAUAGCUUGUUUGUUUAGCGUGGAUGGCUCUGUUUUCAUGUUCCAUAAACACUCUCUCCAUGAAUGGAGAGUAAGAAUCUAUAAAAGUUGAGGUUUGUUAAAAAAAAAAAAGCUAGCGCUUCAUGUUUAUCAGUUGUUCAGGUU